AUGGAUGCAUCAUCAUUUUCGGUUGUUUGUGAAAGAAACAACAAGGCGAAGGCCACUCAAGCCGAUCGAAUCACAGUUGCAGAUAAUGGUGAGCAGAAGAAGUGUCGUGCUCGGUUUGGUGUUGUAAAUCAGGAUCAGUGGUGCAAGCACUGCAAGCGAAAAAAGAGAUGCCUUUGGUAUCGUGAGCUAAAGGAUGAAAUGUAG